UUUCCCUAAAUAGAAGUUUCAUAAUUUGAAUAAUAAUAAUAACAACAAUAGGGAUGCAUCAUUUUCUCCUCGGAAUACAACAUCAUUUAUUAUCAGGGCAAAGAAGAGUGGUGGGAUUGCUUCAUUAGUCUCCCCAUAUCCUGUGACACCGGCUGUGCUUCCAACACCUAAUUUCUCCCCAUCAAGGGAAGUUGUGGUGGAUAUGGCUAAGGAGGAGUGGGGAUUGGAUGGAUAUGGAUCAAUGAAGGGUUUGAUUAGACUGAGAUCUCCUGGUGAGGAGUUAGAACCCCAUGAACAUGAGGAUGAAGAGGAUGGAGAGUCUAGUGAGAGUGAUGUGGAGGAACAUGUUGAGAUAGAAAGAAGGUUGGACCAUGACUUGAGCUGUUUUGAGAUGAUUUAUCCAAACCAUAGUGCAGACUACAACAACGUUUUGGAGAACUUAAUUCUCAAGGAGAGUUUGUUCUUGAUAGAGAGAGAGUUGGGUGAUCUGAGGAGGGGAUUGCAGAGUCUUGAGAGGCAGAAUAAUGGAGAAGCAGUGGCAAAUGAAUCUGAUAGUGAAACUGUAGAUAACAAUGUUGAAAUCGUUGUAAUGGAGAAGCAGUGGCAAAUCGUUGCAGAAAGCAAGCACAAGAAGAGUGACAGGGAUUUGCAAGAGAAAGAAGACAAGAAGCAUCAGGAUGUUGACAUGAAGGAAGUCAGUGCUAGACUCAUUGUUGAGAAUGAUGAACUCUCUUUUGUUGAUGUUAGUAUGUAUCAAGGAUCAGAGGCUUCUCACAUGGAUGAUGAGAUGAAUGUGUAG